AUGACGUCUGUGAGAAGGCUGGGCUCGAGCUGGAACGUCAAUGCAGAGAAAGUGCUUGGUGGAGCCACUACUGAGCCAGCGGUGAGUAGACCGAGCAGGUCCAUGGAGGUGGAUGCAGACAUGGCCAGCAGCGGAGCAGAUGGAGUCGCUGGCGGCGGCAACAUGGGCGUCGAGGGCACGAAGAUCGCUGGCAGUGAUGGUGUCGGUGUCGAUGGCGCAGGUGAUGGUGGCGGCAUUACCGUCAAAGCCCCCGGCGGGGAUGGGACUGGCGCCGAUGGUGUGGGCGUCACCGGUACAGGCGGAGAAGGCGCAGGCGGCGGCAGUCCAGGAGAAGAUGCCGGCGGCGCCACUGGUGCCGCUGGUGACUGCGGUGUAGGAGAAGGCGCCGGCGAAACCACUGGCGUCGCCUGCGGGGAUGGAGUAGAUGGAGCCUGCAGGUCAGCAGGCGGCGUCGGUGAUGCAGGAGUUGGCGGCGAAACCAUGGAUGCAUCUAUCCCCAUGGAUAUCUCCUUUAUCAGCUGCACCAUGCGAUCCAACCGCUCGGAGAUUGAAUCAAGGGUGGUGUCCAUAUGA